AUGCUUUCAGCAGCUACUCUAUUUGAAUGGACACUAUUAUGUGCAGGAUGCAUAUUAGUGCCUUACGAGUAUGCCCUUACAUUCGCGUACAAUGUCUUCCUACACCCCUUGAGAAACUAUCCAGGCCCUCUUCUGGCUAAGAUGACUGAUGCAUAUGCGGGUUUCUACGCCAUGAUGAUGCGUCUACACCUUACCGCAUGGGAAGAUCAUCAAAAAUAUGGUCGAGUUAUGAGGCAUGGCCCGAAUAAGCUCGUUUUCAACUCAGCUCAGGCUCUUAAAGAUAUCUAUACGAACGAUAGGUUGUCCAAAUCUCAUGUGUAUCUAACAUCACUCCAAGCCACGACUGGCGAGAAUGUAUGGAGUACAAUCGACAAGCGCACUCACCGUAUUAGGAAACGGAUGAUCGGUGCUGUACUCAAUGAUCGUUCUUUACAACAAUUCGAGCCUACUAUAAUUAGAGAGGUUGAUAUAUUUCUUGGUGUGGUUUUAUCUUCAUGCCAAGGUUCCCGACUUUUGAAUAUGACCGACAAAUUCAAUUAUCUGAUGCUAGAUAUUGUCGGCCACCUUGCUUUUGGACAUGCUAAUCGUACCCAAACCGUUCCAAAAAACCGGUUUCUAUCAAAAGGGAUCACGGUGGCCAACUAUCAUGUCAAUGUCCUUUUGCAGUACCCAUAUUUAGCACGAUCUUGGCUAGUAUCUUUGAUACGACAUAUCACAGCGCGCCAACAGGAAAGGAACUUAAAUUCGUUACGAAAAAUCAUAACGAGGCGGAAGAUGCAAGGGAUAGACGCACAUUACGAUCUAUACCAUUUUGUCACUCGACAGAUGGGAGCCGAGGACACCGAAAGCGUUGAGUUGAGUGAACUGUGGUCGGAAGCGGCCUUAUUCUAUGUAGCAGGAGUAGAAACAAGCUCAACGACUCUAUGUGCAUUGUUUUUCUAUCUAUCACGAUAUCGAGAAUGCUAUGACAGACUUGUCUCAGAGAUCCGCUCUUCAUUUACUAGCGGAGAUGACAUAAAAAGGGGUACCACGUUGGCUAACUGCCACUACCUUCGCGCCUGUCUCGAUGAAUGUAUGCGUAUUUCGCCACCAGCGCCGGGGAUAUUCUGGAGGGAGGCUUCUCAUGACAACAGCAAAGCUAGUGGCCCUUUAGUUAUCGACGGCCACGUUAUCAAUCCAGGGACGCAGGUUGGAGUCUGUACUUAUGCUAUCCAUCACAACGAGGAAUACUUUCCCGAGCCUUUUGUAUUCAAGCCUGAGCGGUGGAUGGCGGAAAGCUCAGCUCCUAAACCAUCGGUACCGCUUGCUGCGUUUUCAUUAGGAGCCAGAUCGUGCCCAGGGCGGUCCCUUGCCUAUCUACAAAUAAGUCUCACGGUUGCUAAAACGCUAUGGUAUUUCGACUUUGAGCGGCCGUCGGGCAAGCUUGGUAAUGUUGGUAGCAGAGGUGGUAAGGGUAAACCAGACGAGUUUCAACUGUACGAUAUACUCGCGUCAACCCAUACAGGACCCAUUUUAUCCUUUAAACCGCGAGGUGAAUAUUGGAAGGAUCUGAAAGCAAUGUAAGGCUACGAUACUGUAAAUAAGUUGGCGAUCAAGAUGUCUACUGUUACUUUAUAAUAUGCUUAACUGAAUAUAUACA